AAAAAGAAAUAUAAAAAAAUUGAUUAUGUUGCAUCUAUCACUACACCGUAGCGGUGAGUUUCCAGAUCUCAACUAAGGAAAGUGAUCAAUUCGAUUUUAUUACAACAAAAUGAAGAUGAAAUUCAUAUUUAUAUCUCUGUAUCUUCUUCUUCAAGCAAUCAACAAUGGCGAUAAUCUCACCACAGCUCAAUCAACCGAUUUCGGCGUCUACAAGUGCAGAACCACUCACAACUUCACCACCACAUCAUAUCAACAAAUCACCGAAACCGCACUCACUUCACUCACCGGAAACGUCGCAAAAAACGGCGGUUUCCACCACUCAACCGCCGGAAACACCACCGGUACACCAAUAACCGCCGUCGCACUCUGCCGCGGCGAUAUCGGACCGGAAGAUUGCGAAAACUGCGUGAAAAACUCGAUUCCGUCGCUUCAACGGAACUGUCCGAACCAGACGGAGGCAGCGGCGUGGUACUCGAACUGUAUGAUUCGGUAUUCAGAUCGGAAAAUAAUCGGAAUCGUUGAUAACUGGACGUUCAGCGAGUUGUUUAACACGGCUAGGGUUUCGGAUUCCGGUGAGUUUGAUAGUGCUUUGAGUAAUUUGACGGUUAGGUUACAGUCGGAAGCUGCCGGAGGAGAUUCGUUUAGGAAAUUGGCGGUUGGAAGUGUGACGUUUGGGCAGGAUUCGGUGACGAUCUACGGGAUUAUGCAAUGCACGCCUGAUUUGUCUAAGGAGCAGUGCAGUGAGUGUUUGGAUGGUGCAGUUAGGGAGCUACGUCGUUGUUGUAGUGGUAGAGUGGCGGCAAGGGUGUUUUAUCCGAAUUGCUUUGUGAGGUAUUCGAAUGAGCAUUUUUAUAAUGAUCCUCCGCUUAUUUCGGUCCCAUCGAAGUUGACUCGAGGCAAAAAGAACAGCACUGCAAGAAUAAUUUACGUGGUCGUUCCCGUGGUAUGUGUCUCUGUGGGGUUGAUUGGAAUCGGCAUCUGGUUCUUUCUUACAAAAAUACGGCGAAAGGACGGUGUGUCAAAGAAAGAAACUGCCAGCUUCUCUACUCUACUUGCGAAACGGAUACGAAGUUCAGCUAAUGACACUGUUGGAAUGGAGACUGUUAGCAGGCAAUCUUUGCAAUACGAUUUUAAGACGAUUGAAGUUGCAACAAACUACUUUUCUCAAAAGAACAAGAUCGGGAGAGGCGGGUUUGGUCUUGUCUACAAGGGUGUGCUUACAAAUGGGCAAGAAGUAGCAGUGAAGAGAUUAUCAGAAACAUCUUCUCAAGGUGUACAAGAAUUCGUAAACGAGGCCGUUUUAGUGGCUAAGCUUCAACACCGAAAUCUAGUAAGACUUCUAGGUUUUUGCCAUGAAUCAAAAGAGAAGAUACUCAUAUACGAAUACGUCCCAAACAAGAGUCUAGACUACUUUUUGUUCGACCCUGUUAAACAUGGGCAUUUGGAUUGGGUAACACGAUGGAAAAUUAUUGGAGGGAUCACUAGAGGAUUGCUUUAUCUACAUGAAGAUUCACGGUUACGAAUCAUCCAUCGGGAUCUCAAAGCUAGUAAUAUUUUACUAGAUCAGGACAUGAAUGCAAAAAUCGCGGAUUUUGGAUUGGCUAGGACUUUUGAGGGGGAUCAAACUCUAGGAAACACAAAGAAAGUUGCUGGAACCCUUGGAUAUAUGUCGCCAGAGUACGCAAUGCAUGGACAUUUUUCAGUGAAAUCUGACGUGUUUAGUUUCGGUGUCAUAGUUCUCGAGAUUGUUAGUGGGCGAAGAAACUCUAGCUUUUAUCAACCAGAUGAUGUUGAGGAUCUCCUACUCUUCGCUUGGAAACUAUGGACGGGUGGAAGAGCGUUGGAGCUACUGGAUCCAUCACUUGCUGAAUCUUCUUACUCGGAAAACGAUGUCGUUAGGUGCAUCAACAUCGGUUUAUUAUGUGUGCAAGAAGAUGCAGAUGCAAGGCCUUCCAUGGCUAGUGUUCUCAAUAUGCUUAAUAACAACUCUAUUACUUUACCCCAGCCGAAAAAACCGCCAUAUUUUCUUUCAAAAGGGCUCUUGUUAGAUAGCUCAGGUGACGUCGAUAAGGCAAAUCCGACUGCUAGUUCUUCUGUCAACGAAUCAUCAUCGAUCAUUGAAAUGCAUGCUCGAUAACAGUAAAUACGGCCAAUUUUUAUAAUCUUUUGGAGUGUGCGUGCACAUAGUGUUAAUUGUUUAUUUAUAGUUGUGUGACCACUUUGAAUCACUGAAUCUCAUCAAUGUACAGAUAUCCUUUUACGAUUAUUUCCUAUUAACAAAAAUUAAAUGUUAACUUAUACGCAGCCACACAGGUUUGCAGUAACUUUGCUGCCA